CUUGUCUAAAAGGUAGUCCGAGUGGAGAAAGUAAUGAAGAUGGAAGGAGCUGAUGUUGAAUUAUUGAGGAGAUUUAUGGAGUAGCGAAGUGAUAGCCGUUUACUCGUCCUACCGGAACAACAGAGGACGGUGAUAGCAGGAAGCUGACAGAUAGCAUGCCCGUAGAGGUGACUCCACUGCAGAUGAAGGAAUAUGUUGGCUAUGGACCAAGGAGUGGUGGAGGAAUGGCUGUCAGAAUUUAAGACCCUUCCUGACAGUGCCAUCUCCACCUAUGCCGCCUCACUAAAAGACAAAGGUGCCCUGGUCCCUGCACUCUACAAGGUCAUCAGAGAGAACUAUAGUGAUUUGUUGGAGCCAGUGUGUCACCAGUUGUUUGAGUUUUACCGGAGCGGCGAGCCGCAGCUGCAGCGUUUCACACUACAGUUCCUUCCGGAGCUCCUGUGGAGCCUCCUGUCCGUCAGCGCAGCCAGAGACCCCCACACCUCCGGCUGCAUCGAGGCCCUGCUGCUGGGCAUUUAUAACCUGGAAAUAGUUGAUAAAGAUGGGCAGAGUAAGACGUUAUCUUUUACCGUCCCUUCCCUCUCCAAACCCUCAGUCUACCAUGAGCCUUCAGCUAUUGGCUCCAUGGCCCUUACUGAAGGAGCUCUAGCUAACCAUGGGCUGAGCAAAGUGGUGUACAGCGGGCCUCACCUCCAGAGAGAAAACUUCACAGCACAGAACAGAUUUGAGGUGCUGACUUUCCUGCUGCUCUGCUACAACGCGGCUCUCAGCUACAUGUCCUCCACCUCCCUGCAGUCCCUCUGCCAGCUCAGCUCCAGGGUGUGUAUAUGUGGUUACCCACGGCAACAGAUGCGGCGCUAUAAAGGCAUUAGCACGCGACUCACCGUCACAUCAGAGUUCCUGGUUCAGCUCAUCACAGGGAUCCACUACGCCUUGUGUAACGGUGAAGUUGAACUGGGAUCCAAAGCACUGGAUGACGUUCUGUAUCGAGCCCAACUAGAGUUGUUCCCCGAAGCUCUGUUGGUGGGUAACGCCAUCAAGUCAUCAUUGCACGGUGCGGCACUGAAAACCAACAACAAGGAGGGUCCGCGGAGUAUCCAGGUGGAGAUCACACCUACCUCCUCGAGGAUCUCUCGCAACGCCGUCACCUCCCUCUCGAUCAGGGGACAUCGCUGGAAGAGACACGACGCAGUGGAUCUGGGUUCCCCGGAUGAGCUGAUGGAUAUUUCAGAGGUGGAUGAAGGGGUUUGGCCAGGUGGGGCGGGGGCCGACAUGACCCCACCCACCAUCACUAUCAGCAACAGCGUCACAACGUUGAACCUGGGGGCCAAAGCCAUGAAGAAGUGUCGGCUUGGCGGGCGGACCAGCAAGGACAAGGAGACUGGCCUUCUAAUGACGGGCCGGGCCGCCAGCGAAAACGCAGAGCUGUCUGUCAAGCGGCUAACGCUCACUUCCAGCCAAUCGGUCCCCAAGGCGGGAGCUCUCACCAGCUUGACGCGCACUGCCAGCGCCGUCUUCUCACGCUCCUUUGAGCACGUGGCCAGCGGCAACGCCCCUCCUGCCAGCAACCACACCACCUCCGAAGCUGGCCGGUACUCCUGCAGCCUUCAGGAGGAAGGCUUGGCGUACUUGAGCCCAGCACCAAACCACACACAGCGCUCCCCCAGCAUUAGCAUUCACCUUGGCUCUGAUCUUUGAACUCGAGUGUGACUCUUUGACUGGAUGAAGCCUCAUCUCUGAUCCUGUGACCCCAUACCUGUGACCUGGAACUCCAAGCCAUGCUAACUGCAGUUGACUGCGAAAGAAACACUCCCGUGAAUUUAUUUUUUUUUUUUUGAAAGGGGGGGGGGGGGCAUCUUUAAUUCUCUGUGCUGUGAACCGCUGUGUGCAGUCAGAGGCGUCAAAGACGCCACUUCCAGCUUUGUCUGAUUUUUAGCAGUGCGCUCAUGACAGGACAAAAGUGCAGUCAUGAAUGAGCGCACUUAAAACUGAUCACUAAGAAACUGUGUGGAAAAGUAAUCUAACCUGUAAUUGUUACCCUGCAUGGCUUUUCCAUACAUCCAUCCUUACAGCCCAGGAUUGUUAAAGGGCAACUGUUGAGUGUGUGUGCGCGCGCGCGUGUGUGUGUGUGUACUUUGUGUGUGUGUGUGUGUGUGUGUGUGUGUGUGUGUGUGUGUGUGCAACUGUUUUUAGAAAAAAAAGGCUGCUGAUUGAUGAAGUGAAAAAGGUGAUUCUCCUAGUUGGAACAGUGUUUCUACUACUUUUUUAAAAAUAAUAAUAAUAAUAAUGAUGAAUUCCCUCCCACAGCAAUACAAAACUGUUCUAUUCAGUGUUUUUUAUCUUUUGGGCUGUUUACUGAAUCUUCCUUCUUUUCGCACUUAUCAAAUCUUAUACAUGUACUUUAUUCUUCCUUAAAAAACAAACAAACAAAAAAAAAGCUACAACUAAAAUAUUAAUAAUCAGCCAGUAUGAUAGGAAUCUGGGCUUUAUGUUUACAAUCACGCAGUAUUCUCAUUAAAGAUGGAGAAGCAAUAUUUCCCCCUCGCACCUUCCUGAACUACUUUGCAUUUGAUUGCAAAAAUUGAGAAAAAGACAAAGAUGAUGAGGGUUUUUAAAGGAUGAGUUUUGUGUGUGUGAUUUAAGUAUUAAAUUUUGCACAUGGAAGAACAAAUGAUUUGUGUUUUUCAACGCUGGUAUUUUCUUAUUCACGAGAGAGGUUUGACUCUCAAAUGUUGUAUUUCCCUGUGAGAGAGAGAGAUGCUUUGUUGCCCCUUUUGAAGGCUCCAAACCGGUGAAAGAAUUUGACACUUCGUAAUAAAGUUAAGCUGACUCGACCUCAGCCGUAGAAGCACGUGUGGGGCAUCAGGGCAUCUUCCCUGUCUUCUGGUCCACUCACCAUUCCGGCUGUUUGUAGUGUUAGUGCUUUAGUUUCCUGUGUCUCUUCCUGUCCUUCAUCGUGGCACAAGACAUGGUGAUAUUCUCUUGUACCAGCAAUGGAAUAAAAACUCCAACCAUCAGCUACAUUUGAUGUCUUAAAUCAAGCGUUCCUGCUGCCUGACCCUCAAGCAAAUUUGUAGUCUGUUGUCCGUGUACUGAGUGUCUGUAGCGUGGUGGGACAAUAACAAUCAUGUUUCUCUGUAUGUGGUUUAACAGAAUGUGUACGGGUAAGCUGUUGUACUCAAGACCGGUUAUGUUGGCCUUUCUACGUCUGAAAAUAACUCACUGCUAUGACUUCUGGGAAUAAAGUGUUUCUAUAUUUCA